UCCACCCUGCCCCUGCAUGGAACGCAACGUGUCAGUGUGUGAUGGACAAGGACCUAUGGAACUGCCUUUCAAUGGUUGUCUGACUGUUCACAGCCCAAACUACCCACUGUCAUACCCACACAACACGCAAUGUACUUUAGAUAUUGUCGCUCCACCAGAGUGCCAGAUAGCAGUCAAGUUCUGCCAAGUGUCAUUGGAAGUGUGCCCUUAUGAUACUCUCAGGGUCAAAGGUACUAACUCUAGCGGCCCGCUCUGUGGCUCCGGGCUCCGCCAAAGUGCCCUGUCUGCCAGCAACACGGUGACCGUCGCCUUCGCUUCAGACGACACGCAAAGCCAGCGAGGUUUCCGGUUGGCUCUCACGGCUAUCUGCGAAGCAACAACAACCACCACAACCACGACCUCAACGAGUACAAGAACCACGACCACAAAAGAACCCAACUGUAAUUCUUUCCAGAUCUAUACAAUGUGCUCGGUGACCAGCAUCGCGGCCUCGGCUGGCGUGGUCGUCUCCCCGGGCCACCCGAGCUACUACCCGAACGACCGCCACUGCGCCCUCAACAUCACGGUUCCUGAGGGCCUCGCGGUCGCCCUCGAGUACCUGGCCUUCGACCUCGAGCCCCACGACGACUGCAAGUGGGACCUCCUCAGGAUCCACGACGCCAGCGACAUUCCCGAUCUGCAGCCUGUCUACUGCGGCUCGACCAUUCCUGCCUUCAACCUCUCCUCGACGAACUCGGUGAGGAUGGAAUUCAAAACCGAUUCGACCGUUAUUUUCACCGGAUUCGCAAUCUGCUUCAGAGCGGUUGAGAAGUAGUUCGAGACGUAUCCGUGUAUGAAUCAGCGGGUAACGAGCCUAAUAAAAUCAUAACAUUUCCUUAUUAGCUCACUCAUAACUUUAAAAUGUUAGGGGUAGUCUUUAUACAUACUUUCCUUGUUUUUUUCACAAAACAUAUGCACAUACUUAGUGUGUGUGUUCUUUUAUUUUGUAGUAAAUUCCAUGAUCUUGUCUUAGGUCAAAGUAAAACUGUUUAUAAUCACUGUACUCUUUACAGGAGAAAUUAUUAAAAGAUUUGUAAAUUAAAA